AUGGUAAUCUUUGGGGGAGGUCUAUAUCCAGCAGUGGCUCAUCAUCAUAAGGACUUAUAUGAUGAUGAUGAUGAUCGAAAUGUGUGCCAUACCGUUCUGCAGUUUGUCAACGAGGCCCCUGACGGCGGCGGCGCGCGCCGUGCUCACCACGUGCAGCAGGUCGGCGCCCGUGCAGCGCUCGGGCAGUGCGGCCGCCACGUCAUCCAAAUUCACUUCCGGACGAAGUUUAUAACUAUAUUAUUAAAAAAUAUAUAUUAU